AUGCCUUCCGCUACCACUCAAGAGCGGCACUUGCCCGCAAAGCGCAACUCCCUCAUGACUGAGGAUGUGCCUCGCUACGAUGACCUCGUAGCCCGUCGUCGACUCGGCCAAACUCAGCUGACGGCCAAGAUGGUCAACCUUGCUGACGGGGAAGGCGCAGCUCUCGGCGUCUUCGACUAUGCCCACCUUCGCGCUCCUUUGCCCAAGGGCAUCGUCUCUGGCAUCUUCAAAUCCAGCCCCAACAGCUACUUCCUGAUGCGACGCAGCCACGAUGGCUUUGUUUCUGCGACAGGAAUGUUCAAGGCCACAUUCCCCUACGCCGAGGCCGCCGAGGAGGAGGCUGAACGCAAGUACAUCAAGUCUCUUGCUUCCACCAGCCCCGAGGAGACUGCCGGCAACGUCUGGAUUCCCCCAGACCACGCCCUGACCCUCGCCGAGGAGUACGGCGUUGCGCCUUGGAUCCGCGCCCUGCUGGAUCCUGCUACUAUCGCCGUUUCCAACACCCCCGACAGCCCUCCCAAGAAGAUCACGGCCCCUCCCAAGUACGAGCUCCUCAAGGCUCACCCUCAGCUCGCCCCUCCUACGCCGACUUCACUCCCUCGCAGCACUCGAUCUCGCCGCUCAGCAAGCCCUACCAAGACCGCCGCUGCUACGACGCUCCCCAGACCUGUCAGAUCGCCCAGGAAGCGCAGGGCCAAGGCCGACUCUGUCGAGCCUCGGGAAUCCACGCCCACAAUUGCUACUAAGCUCGAGGUCAAUGGUGUGAUUGAAGAAGACAAGGAUGCCGAAGCGGAGAUCAAGACGAUUCUCAAGACCGUCGAGGCGGAACCCGUGUUAGUCUUUGAGGCUAGAGAGGAGGAGCCCAAGGCCAAGGUCAUCGUCGACCAAGAUAUCAAGACAGACGAAGAUGGCAACGAGACCAAGCACACUGCUGUGUCACUAGAGCUUCCUCUGUUGAGCGCAGAGCCACCAUCUGCUGAGGAGACUGCGCGUAUGAUUGCGGAGGCGAAGCAAAUGGUCGAGGCGGCUGCUAUCAAGUCAGAAGGUGUUGACAGCCCCAAGGCUAAGAGCAAGCGUGGCGCCGAGGAGAUUUCAAAAGGAGAUGAUGAGGACGAGGAGAAGGUCGCAGAGGAGCCGCGGUCGAAGAAGGCCAAGACCGCCGAGGUGCAGGUCAAGAAGCUCCGCGUACGGAACCGAGCUUUGUUUGGUCUGAGUGCCGUGUCACUUGCCGUCGGCGCAUUCUCGUACUUUGUUGGUUCCUUCUGA